UACUCUGGUUCAUGCACAAAAAAGCCAUCUUAAUGUAGUCUUGUUCAUGUGCAGGAAUGCUGUCUUAAUGUACUCUUGUUUAUGCGCAGGAAUGAACACAGUUCUCAGUGGAUCCAUCUCCCAGGAGUUGAAGAGGUAAAGAUUGCAUCAUCAAGGAAGCAGAGUUUCAGGCCUGUAUCUGUGUUUACAGUUUUAUGUAAGUUGAGAAGAUGGGAGUCGAGAAAAGUCCUGUAUACAGGUGUAUAGAAUGCAGCAAGGAGUCCAGAGAGCUGUACAGAGAUUACGGGCAUGGCGUGCUGAAGAUUACUAUUUGUAAAUCCUGCCAGAAACCAGUGGACAAAUACAUAGAGUAUGACCCAGUCAUCAUACUGAUUAAUGCAAUGCUCUGCAAAGCCCAGGCCUAUAGGCAUGUCCUUUUUAAUACAACAAUCAGUAUUCAUGGAAAGCUAUGCAUAUUCUGUCUGCUCUGCGAGGCCUACACCAGGUGGCUGCAGCUCCCAGGGUCCAGCAAUAAAACAGACCCUGGAGAUUUUAUUCGCUAUGCCAAAGAAUGGGAUUUCUACAGGUUAUUUGGGAUCGCUGCACUUGAACAAUCUGCAUUCCUUGCUGGUAUCUUCAUUGUUUUGUAUUUGGUAAUGCCUAGCCUCUUGAAUUCCCGGUCAGAUUGUCUUUUGCUGCUUAAGGCCCUAUUACUAUCCAAUUAUGGGAAGCUACUAUUGAUCCCGGCUGUUAUCUGGGAGCACGACUACACACCCCUAUGUCUCAGACUCAUCAGUCUAUUUGUCCUUACAUCAAAUACCCAAGCAGUCCGAGUAGCCUUGAAUGUAAGCCGCACGCAGUCACUGAUUGCAGUCGCCUUUGGAGUACUUUUAGAAAACUUGCUAUGUUGCAUUCAUCAAAAUGGCAACUGAAACAGAAAACAAAUUGUUCAAAACUGAAGCAGGAAGUAUUGGAAAGUAGCCUACAUGCUCAGCACUAAGGCCCUGCCUGUGGAUCCUUUUGCCAUCAAAAA